AUGAAGUUCCUCCCUGAACUUACAUUGGCGCUGGCCAUGGCUGCUGGCGUGGCGGCCGGUGCUUUAGAUGCUAGUGCAAGUGGUACUGGGACUUUGAAUCCGACCUCGAGCGCAACGUCUUCAAGUGCUAGUACGGCGACUGUCAAAACAUCCACGACGGCUAACCCUUACGGUGCGUAUGGAGAAUAUGGUAAUUAUGGAGUUUAUGGAAGUUAUGAAAGUUAUAAGAAGAGAGCGAAGAAGUAG